ACAACUUCUUCUCUUUCUUUCUUCUUCUUCUUGUGGACGCCAUGGAGUCCCCUAAAAAGCCCAACAAGAUCAGCAAAGUGAUUCGACUGCGGCGGCUCCUCAGGAAGUGCAUGUCGAGAAUUGUCACAACCGCCGCCACCAUGAGCCCAAAUCGCGGCAGCAUUCCCCAGAGCAUCAGCUUCCUCAAAAGAACGAUCUCUUCUCUAUCAUCAGACAGCGACAACAGCAACAACAACAAGAAGCACAGCAGCAGCAACAGCAACGUCGUCCCGAAAGGCCACCUCGCGGUCUGCGUUGGCAAAGAGCUCGAGAGGUUCGUCAUCCCGGUGCACUACUUGGGCCACCAGGCGUUUGUGCUCUUGCUGCGAGAGGCCAAGGAGGUGUUCGGGUUUCAGCAGACGGGUGUCCUGAGAAUCCCAUGCGACAUUUCGGUGUUCCAAAGUGUUCUGGCGAUGGUGGAGGGGAAGAAGAAGGCGGUCAAGAAUGGCGGUUUGAUGGUGAAAGAACAGUGCAGGCUCAGUGCAGACGAUACGUUUGGAUGUCUUCUUUUAGACGAUGCUGAGAUGGAUUAUAGUCAUCUUCAUCACUCUCGCCAUCGUCCUUGGAGCCAUAUAUGCAGAUGAAUUAUCUUCUCCUUUGCGUUCUUGCUUAGGUGUUAUAUGUUAUACCAGAAAUGUUGAUACGUAAGAGAUAUAGGCUGUACUGUAUAUUCUAUGUCAAUAGAUACAAAAAUAGAGAGCAUUGACUGACUU